AUGUUCCCUCGAGAACCAGCGACACAUCUGUUCCACGAUAACAACCACAAUCUUGAAAAUUUUACUGUUGUUUGGCUUGACGCUGAUAUCGAUAAAACAGAUGAUUGCCACGACACAAAAAAGCGUUUAAGAACCAUUGCUAAUCAUUUAAGAACGUUUUGUGAUGCUGAUGAAUGUAUGGAUUAUAUCUCAUCAAUUAAAAUGGAGCAAGUGUUGCUAAUUCUAUCUGGUUCAUUCGGUGAAAUCAUCGCCCCUCUCAUUUUCGAACUAUCUCAAAUUACAUUUAUCUACAUAUUUUGUCUAAACAAAAUUAAGCACGAAACAUGGGCUAAUCAUCUACUAAAUAAUCAAAAUAAAAUUCGUGGUGUUUUUACUCAUAAAGACUCUCUUCUUAUUCAGAUAGCUGAGGAUGCUAAAGUUUUAUCAAACGACAUGAUGCCAAUGAAUGUAUUCAGUUUGUCGCAUCAUGAAAAAUCAAUUCGUGAUUUAGACAAAGAAAGCGCUGUAUUUAUGUGGAAUCAAUUGAUAAUUGAUGUUCUACUUCGCAUGCCAACAUCUGACGAAUCGAAAAUGGAAAUGUUAACUGAAUGUGAAUCGUAUUACAGAGACAAUGAUAAAGAACUCGAAAAGAUAAAUGAAUUUCGUUUGAAUUAUUCGUCUGAUGCAGCCGUGUGGUGGUACACGCGUGAUUCAUUUGUAUAUCGCCUUUUAAAUAAAGCUCUUCGAACAAGAGAUAUUGAUAUUAUAUUUAAAUUUCGAUUUUUGAUUGCUGAUCUUUAUCGACAAUUGCAAAGAGAAUAUUCGAAAUUCAUGGAACGUUUCACACAUGGCGAAUACUUUCUAACGGUGUAUCGAGGACAGCAUUUAAAAGCUGAUGAACUACAUGAACUAAAAGACAAUAUUGGUGGACUAAUUUCAAUGAAUACUUUCCUGUCAACAACAUGUGAGAAAGGUGUAGCUUUAAUCCAUGCUGGUGACGGUUCGUUCUCUCCCAUUCUUGAAUCUAUUCUGUUUGAAAUACAGGUUAAUACGAGUAUUGACACCAAGCCUUACGCUAAUAUAAAAGAAUUCAGUGUUAUGAACCACGAAGAUGAAGUACUUUUUUCCAUAGGGACCAUAUUUCGUAUAAAAUCUGUCGAAAAAGCAAGUGCCACGGGAAUCUGGAGUGUAAAAUUGUUGUUGAACAGUGAAAGCGAUGAACAGUUGAAAGUGCUGAGUGAACAGAUAAGAGAAGAAACUGAUCGGUCAUCUGAUUUAUACACGUUAGGAUACCUAUUAAGAGAAAUGGGUGAAUACGCUAAAGCUGAACGGUAUCUCAGAAGAUUGAUAAAUGCUACGUUGCCUAAUGACCCUGCUAUGGGCACAUUUUACAACAUCAUUGGUACAGUGUACAAUGGUCAUGGCGAAUAUUCUCAGGCAUUGCAAUAUUAUGAGCAAAGUCUUGAAAUCCAAUUGAAGACUUUGGGACCGAACCAUCCAAGUGUUGCAACAACCUACAACAACAUUGGUAGAGUGUACAAUGCUCAAGGCGAAUAUUCUCAGGCAUUGAAAUAUUAUGAGCAAACUCUUGAAAUCGACUUGAAGACUUUGCGACCGAAUCACCCACGUGUUGCAGCAACGUACAAGAACAUUGGUGGAGUGUACAACGAUCAAGGAGAAUAUUCUCAGGCAUUGAAAUAUUAUGAGCAAAGUCUUGAAAUCGACUUGAAGACUUUGGGACCGAACCAUCCAAGUGUUGCAACAACGUACAACAACAUUGGACGGGUUUACAAUUAUCAAGGCGAAUAUUCUCAGGCAUUGAAAUAUUAUGAGCAAAGUCUUCAAAUCCAGUUGAAGACUUUGGGACCGAAUCAUCCUAGUGUUGCAACAACGUACAACAACAUUGGUGCAGUGUACAACGAUCAAGGCGAAUAUUUUCCGGCAUUGAAAUAUUAUGCGCAAACACUUGAAAUCCAAUUGAAGACUUUUGGACCGAAUCAUCCAAGUGUUGCAACAACGUACAACAACAUUGGUGCAGUGUACAACGAUCAAGGCGAAUAUUUUCAGGCAUUGAAACAUUAUGAGCAAACUCUUGAAAUGCACUUGAAGACUUUGGGACCGAAUCAUCCUAGUGUUGCAACAACAUACAACAACAUUGGAGUGGUUUACAAUUAUCAAGGCGAAUAUUCUCAGGCAUUGAAAUAUUAUGAGCAAAGUCUUGAAAGCGACUUGAAGACUUUGGGACCAAAUCAUCCGACUGUUGCAAUAACGUACAACCACAUUGGUGCAGUGUACACACAUCAAGGCGAAUAUUCUCAAGCAUUGAAAUAUUAUUCGCAAACUCUUGAAAUCCAAUUGAAGACUUUGGGACCGAAUCAUCCUAGUGUUACAACAACGUACAACCACAUUGGUGGAGUCUACCAGCAUCAAGGCGAAUAUUCUCCGGCAUUGAAAUAUUAUGAGCAAACUCUUGAAAUUCGAUUGAAGACGUUGGGACCGGAUCAUCCUAGUGUUGCAACAACGUACAACAACAUUGGACUGGUUUACAAUUAUCAAGGCGAAUAUUCUCAGGCAUUGAAAUAUUAUGAGCAAAGUCUUGAAAGCGACUUGAAGACUUUGGGACCGAACCA